ACCCACCGGUGUUCCUUGUAGCCUUAUCUGGACUGCAUUGCACAACUAUGGGCAGUGUAUUGGCUGCCAGUUCCCCAAACCCACCGCCUCCUGCAGGUGGUGGUGGUCAGGGGGGCUCUGGCUUGGUAAAUGUGCCUCCGGGUUUCACCAUGCCCCCAGUGUCACCAGUUCCCCCAACCCCUGGCACUGCGGCCCAGGAAGGCGAGGCAGAGAGUCCCCUUCCCAAUCCAGGCACUUUUGAGGAGUGCCACCGAAAAUGCAAAGAGGUCUUCCCUCUUCAGAUGGAAGGUGUGCGACUGGUCGUCAACAAAGGCCUGAGCAACCACUUCCAGGUUAGUCACACAAUUAAUCUGAGCACUGUGGGGGAUUCAGGCUAUCGGUUUGGCUCCACCUAUGUAGGCAGCAAACAGACUGGCCCUGCGGAGUCUUUCCCAGUUAUGGUGGGGGACAUGGACAACACUGGUAGCCUCAAUGCUCAAGUUAUCCACCAGCUGACUGAACGAGUGCGCUCCAAAGUGGCCAUGCAGACACAGCAGCACAAGUUUGUGAACUGGCAGUGUGACGCAGAGUACCGUGGCGAUGACUUCACAGCGUCCGUAACCCUGGGCAACCCGGAUGUCCUUGUCGGAUCUGGCAUUGUGGUAGCACACUACCUCCAGUCGCUCAGCCCUGCUCUGGUGCUCGGCGGUGAGCUGGUCUACCACCGCAGACCUGGAGAAGAGGGCACGGUCACGUCACUCGUGGGCCGCUACACCGGAAGUAAUUACAUCGCCACACUGACAUUGGGAGGUGCCGGAGCACAUGCAUCUUACUACCACAAAGCCAAUGACCAGUUACAAGUCGGUGUGGAGUUUGAAGCCAGCACACGGACGCAAGACACAAGUGUGUCCUUUGGUUAUCAGCUAGAUAUUCCCAAAGCUAACUUGCUCUUCAAAGGUUCGCUGGACAGUAACUGGAUUGUGGGGGCCACUCUGGAGAAGAAGCUAAUCCCUCUCCCACUCUCCCUCGCCCUGGGCGCUUUCCUGAACCACCGAAAGAACAAGUUUCAGUGUGGUUUUGGGGUCACCAUCGGUUAAAGCCAACUCAGGGCAACCUCCACCUUCCAACCGACAUCCCCCCACCUCCACCACGCGUCGCCCUGCAGGACCCACGCUCCAUAGCCAAGCUGGAGCCGAGAGGCGCAGGGACAUGGAUGAGACAGUGGCCAUGGAUGCGCGCACACACACACACACACACACACACACACACACACACACACACAUUUUCAGCAACACAGUAUUUCACUCCAUUCAAGUAUCAGCUGCGCUGAGAACCUGUUAAUGUGAAAACUAGAAUCUAGACACAUGUAAACCAAGCUCACAGACUCAGAAGUGAAGUUCAAGUAAAAUUCUGAUGUUGACGAGGAACAACUUAGAGAGGUUAGACAUAGUAUUUAUACGAGUAGAAUGUAUAGAAAAUCAACACAUCACAAUGAAAAAGAAAUCUCAUUGUCUGAAAUGUGACAUGUAUUAUAUGAAAUUGUUGAAGGUUUUGUGUGUGUGUGGCGCUGUCCAUGCUGUGGUGCAUUGAGGUCCAUCCCUGGCUCAGUCCAUAGUCUUUUGCAAAUUGAUACUUCAUUUUGCCUGUCUUCAAACCGCUAACUAAAAUCGAUCUGAUUUGUUAUUGUUCCCUGGUGUUUGACCGCACAAACAUUCUUUGAAAGGAGGAAAUUGAAAACUGUUGCUGUCCAAACAUUUACAAGGAGAAAUAAUUCUGCAAUUUGUUGUGCAGAUUACUGCCCAAAUUAGAUUUUUUAAAUAUUUGACCAGAUUGUGCACUCUACCCUGAUGUGGAGCUUUCAUGAGCCAGUGUAGAGGGGUGACACACCCUGUCCCUGUGCCUCUGGAAAAAGGCCGGGAAAACGUCUAAUACAUGGUUGACUCAGCUGCGAUGUGAUCAGCAAAAACACAAAAGGAGAACCAGUCCCAUCCGCUCCCCUCACCCCACCCACCCACAUCCCAGCCCCCUUCUCCUCAGGCCUGCAGGAGGCCCGCAUCUCUCUGGGGGCUCCUGAGGCCAGGACUUUUAUGCUGGCAGUCUCUCGACCAGAUGUACAUUUGUUUUUGUUUUGUGUGCGUGUGUGUGUGUGUGUUUGUUUUGAAGCCGUCCUUUUAAUACAGAAUGAGAUCCAGUCGCCCAACAGUUUACACAUACAAACACGUGCGCACACACACACACAAACAGGAUUAAAAUGACAUUCUGUGGAUUGUCGUAGACGGGUGAAAUAAUUGGGGCCUCAACACAGUUGUUGAGAUGCAUGAUUACACAGGGAUUUUCUGUUAAGAAUGGACCAUUGAAAAACCAUGCUAUCAUUAAUGUUUUUUUGUUUUGUUUUUUUUUACUACUGAGUUUAAUGAUAAACCCAUGUGCAGUUGAAUGAGAUCACAUUUGAAAUAGAGCUUUGAGGGGGUGUAAUUGGCAUGUUCAUUGGUGAUAUUGAAGCAACUUCCUUUUUUAUAUAAAAAGGCUGGUCAAGGGAAAAUUUGACCAUUGUCAUUAACCGUUUGUGAGCGUGCGUGUGUGUGUGAGUAUUCUCAGUUAAAGCACUUUGUGUUACUGUGAUAACAAUACAGUAAAGCAAAGGCAGUUCUUUGUUCAGCAAAAGAAAACAAUAAACAGUUUUGUGCUUUUAAGAGGA